AUAUUUUUUUUGCAUUUUGUGGAAUUAUGUUAACGUGAUCUGAAAGUAAAGGGCUUUGUUUCUAUAUCCGUAUAGCUUCACGUUUUUAGAUGGAGUAUGUUGGUUGUUUUGGCUGCCAGAGCAAGUCUACCUCAGAAAAUAAGUCAUUUGGACUAUAAGGAGAAAUCGUAGGCUCUUUAAGAGUACAUUUUGGGCUUAACUUCUGUAUGGGAGGUUUGUCAUGUUCGGUUGAGUCGAGUGCUCUGUAGCUACUCUCAGCACAUGACUUCUGAGAAGCUACCAUGGACCACGCAAGGUCGACAAUAUCCAAAAUUUUCAAUGGAGAGCCUCGCUCAUACACACGCUUCAACCUGACGCAGAACAUGGAGGGUGAGAACAGCCAGGUGGAGAUGAAGCUGUCGUCCGACAUGGACGAGGAGGUGGGCGGUAAUGGCGUGGGGGAGGACCACAACCAUGCCAAGGAACCCUAUGUGGUACACAGGCCGGCCGGGCGCACGCCCAAGAGCGUCUGCUUCAUGGUGGCCACCAUACUCCUCAUCUUCAUCAUCAGCUAUCUGAUUGGCUACCUGUCCCAUCGGAAGAAAGAGUUGGCUCCUCCCAGCUGCUCUAGGUCCACCUUUGAAGAAUCCAUUACCCAGGGUUCCGUUAAGAUGGAGGCGGACCCUCCCAUGGACUGGAAUGACGUGAAGAGACUGCUGGAUGAGAAGAUGAGUGCCUCCAGCUUCGAGAGCGCCUUCAGUGAGUUUGCUAGUGAAAGCCAUCAGGCAGGCUCUGCUGGAGACACUGUGCUGGCCAAGAAGGUGCUGGGAAGGUUCAAAGAGUAUGGCAUGUAUACGUGGACUGACGAUCACUAUGUCAAGCUUGUGGAUCCCCCUGCAUCUGGCUCUAACAAGGUGACCUUCAAAGGGUCUGAUCUUGGAGCACUGAGGGGAUAUCUGGCCUACAGCAAAACUGGAACAGCAAAGGGCGCAGUACUUCACGGCAACUACGGCCAGAUGGACGACCUGAGGAAACUGCAGGAUAAGAACAUUGCCUUGGACGGGAGGGUCCUUCUGGUCAGAUCUGGAAAAAUAAGCUUUGCUGAGAAGGUGGCCAACGCAGCCAAGCUGAAUGCCUCUGCUGUUCUCAUCUACCCUGCUGACGACAGAAGGAUCGGAGUGUCCACUCAGCUCUUUGGCCAUGUCCAUCUUGGCUCUGGUGACCCUUACACCCCUGGGUUUCCCUCCUUCAACCAUACCCAGUUUCCCCCUGUCCAGUCGUCAGGCCUCCCCAGCAUCCUGGCCCAGACCAUCACAGUCAGCAUGGCCAAAACUAUCGUGAAGGAAAUGGAAGGGAAAAGCGCCCCUACUGGUUGGGAAGGGGUAGGAAAACUGGGAGAUAAUGACGAUAUGGUCACGGUGGAGGUCAACAACGUCCUGGCUGAGAAGUUGAUCGUCAACGUGUUUGGAGUCAUCAAAGGCUUUGUGGACCCAGAUCGUUUUGUGGUUAUGGGUGCUCAGAGGGAUGCCUGGGGUCCAGGCUUCGCCAGCUCCACAGUGGGCACCAGUGUGUUGGUGGAGUUGGCCCGCACCAUCUCAGACAUGGUGAAAAAUGAUGGCUUCAAGCCCAGGAGGAGCAUCGUUUUUGCCAGCUGGAGUGCUGGAGAGUAUGGGAGUGUUGGCGCCACCGAGUGGUUGGAGGGUUAUUUGUCUUCUCUGAACAUGAAAGCCUUCUCUUACAUCAACCUGGAUGGAGUUGUAACAGGUUUCCCAACAUUCAAAGCCUCGGCCAGCCCUUUAAUGAACACACUCAUCCAGAGAACGCUACGGGAGGUGAACACUCUCAGUGACUCCGGUACACUCUACUCUGCAGUCCCCGGGGUCAACUGGGAGGCAGCAGUCAUGGAGCCUCUGAGGCUAAAUGAUCCCGCUUAUCCCUUCAUCACCUUCUCCGGCAUCCCAUCCGUCUCAUUCCGUUUCACCACAGAGGGUGAGGAAUACCCAUUCCUCGGGACACUGGAUGAUACACGCGACAAGCUGUAUGGUGCCACGUCCAACCAGGUAGCCAAGCUGGCGGUGUCCGCAGGGCAGUUUGCCGGGAGAAUAGCCCUGCGGCUGGUCCACGACCACCUGCUGCGCCUGGAUGUGGAGAAAUACACCCGCCAGAUCCGCACCCACGUGUUCGCCAUUAACUCCAAGAUCAAAACGGUGCAGAGUAUGCAGCCCCAGCUGUUGCCUAAGUCGCUGUCUGUCCAGUGGCUGAUGUCUGCGACGGGCUCCUACAGCCGAGCCGCCAGUAGCCUGGCCACUGAAAUCGAUAAUAGUAACCUGGAGGACGCAGAGCUGUGCCGGAACAUCAACGACCGCAUCAUGAGUGUGGAGAGGGACUUCCUGUCCCCAUACGUGUCUCCCAGAGAGACCCCGUUCCGUCACAUCCUGGUGGGCUCCGGCUCCCACACCCUGAAGGCUCUGUCGGACCACUUGGACACCCUGCAGAUUGACCACUCAGACGCCAACGCUGAUCUGUUCCGGAUUCAGUUUGCUUUGGCAACCUGGACCAUCCAGGGCUGCGCCAACUCACUGGCGGGGGAAGUCUGGUCCACAGAUAACAUGAUCUAAGCCGGUCUCGACAUGUCCUAUUAAACAAAACAACCAAUAUAGCCAUCGCUCAAGGCACCCUCAGUUAGGCUCAACCAUUCAGGAAAAUUAAAUGGAAGUGUUCUGUAUCGAUAUCAAUAACUCAACCUCCUUUUUUUUUCAUAUGCAUUGCAACUCAUCAGUACGAUAUGCUGUACUUUACCUUCCACACAAGGCCCCAAAAAAUAACACUUAAAUUCAACUGCCUUAAAUUUCACUUGUUUGUGAAAUUAGUGAAAAGCCAUGUAUCACUCUUGUGAGGGAAAAAAAAUGAAAUGCAUUUCUUAACGCCGUAUUUGAAUUUAUAUUGGUGCUAAAUACGAAUGACUAAUGGCCUACAAAUGUCACCGUACUUACUAGUAUGGCAAUAACGCAGUUUUGGCCCAAUAUCCAAGGUCACAAACACCUAAAUUGUGUGUGUAAACUCUAGAGGUACUUUGCGAUUACAACAGAAAGGUUAUUAUGGUACUAUUACCACCUAUGAACAAAAUCACAAAAAAAUAAUUUACAAUCUGAGACCGCUGUUAUUUCUACACUGUUACUUUACAUUGGAUUCAAACCUGGGCUGUUUUUUUAUAGAGAUUAAGGUGCUGAAAACUUUAGAACAAGACCUGGUCUGAGAGCUGUUGCCAGAUGGGUUUAAAUUUACAUUCAGUUCAGAAAGUAACACAGAAUAGAUCGUUAUCAAUAAAAGGUCACUAUUGGAUUUGCCUGCUUGGCGGCGAGGAGACCACCGCUCUGCUAAAACCAGGGGCAACUGCGUGCCCUUUUUUCAAGGGAUUGUUAAAUCAAUUUUGAACUAUUUGGUUGUAAUAUAAUCCCCCUCCUUGAAGAGCAUAGUCAGAAUUUACAGAAGUACGACUUUUUUUUUCUCCCUUUCAACCAAUUGAGCACAUUUUAGAUACGUGAGGGCAAGCCUCUCAACAUCCCUCAAUAUUGGCCACCAUUAAUUGGAUAUUUUAAGUGCUAAAAAAAAGUUAGCCACUCAUUCUUGUCAUGUUGUUAAGGUUAAUUGCCCCAUCUUUUGUGGGCUCUGCUUGUCAAGCUGCAGAAGGGUACAUUUGCAGAUGUAAUGUGUACGUUGCAAGCUACCGGUCGGCGGUUUGUACAGUUGGCUAAACGUAUGUAUGUAUGUAUGUGUGUAUAUAUAUAUGUAUAUAUAUAUAUAUAUAUAUAUAUACACAUAUAUGUGUUUAGCUCUUUCCUAAAGCCUAAUCUCUGAUGAAGCUAAAUGAGUUUUAGCUAGCUACAUGCCAAAUGGCUAGGCUACCUUCCCUCACGUAUCUUAAACGACAUGAUACAUGGAUGUUUACUUGCAAUGAGAAAGCAUGCAGUGACUGCUAAAUGUGCAAUAAUCAGGAAUGUGGUGUUCUGACUAUGCUCUUCAAGAAGUGAUGAUAUUAAAAACCUAAAUAGUUAUAAUAUUGAUUUAACCAUUCCCUUAAACGGCACAUAUAGUUGUCAAUGGUUUUAGCGACGCUGCAGUCAAAUCGAAUGCUUCGCCACAUUUGACACACUAUUGAUAACGACCUGUUGACCUGACCCUUCACUGAGCCCUGCCUGCCUUGGUUACUGUUGCCACCGGGAAGCCCAAUUCUCCAUUCAACCACUGUUGAAAUCUUCUCACAAUGAUCUCAAACUGUGUUUUCGAAUACACAAUGAAAUUAGACAGACUGACUGUGACUACCCCUUGCUAAUCAGGAAGCUCUUGGGUAUGUUGUGGUUGCAUGCCAUUACAAUUGCUUCAGGGGAACCUGGUAAAAAAAAUAAUUGUACUUUAGCUAGCCACUGAAUGGCUCUGAAAUCAUUGUCGGCAUGCAGUUAAAGCUAUAACCACUUUUGGCGCUAACUAGUGCCCUCAAACCAUAUCCUGAUGUCGACAGCAGUAUAAGCUAAAAACCAAGCUAGCUAGCUAAAACAAUUUAGCUAGCGUUAGCAAGCUUGGUGGUCAGCGACAGAGCUAGCUAAACUAGAAAACAAAAUGUAUAUAAUUUUGGAUUCAAAAAAUACUCCAACAGGGUCUAUUUCAGGAAUCACAGUAGCAAGUAUUCCUUGUGCAUAUUUCAAAUAUUUAUCCAUUUGAAUAAAGUUUGAAAAAAUAUUUUUUGCCAUAGAUGGGUUGGCGUGGCUUAGCGAAGGGUCAUUUGAACCAUGUAAAGUGAGACCAUCUAACCUAGUUACUGAUGUUCAGUUGUCCUGAGACCUAAAGGCUAAAGCCCUUUGUUUUUUUUUACGCCUCAAGCAACAUGUACCUUACACCACGCUUGUGAGCUCUUUCAAAAUGGCCUCCUGCUGACAUGAAUACAAUAGCGAGGACUUUUAAACCUGGGGCGAAAGGGUCUUCACCACAUGGCACUGAAAAGGUCUAUUUAUUUCCUUGUUUAUUUAUCAGUGACAGGGUUCACUAUAAAUGGUGUUUUUUUUUUAAACUACUUUUUAAACAUGUAUAAUUAUCGGGAGCAGUGUCUUCCAUAAUUAUGACAGUAAUACUGUCGAAAUGACAAAGCAGCAUCUGCUAUGGAAGUGUACCUGUCAGACCGACUAACCCAUACUAGAGACCAGCCCAUACUUCAGUCCAUUCAGUCACCUACUUACCAACCGACUGCGAGUUAGCCGUAAAUAUAUUCCCCAAUUAAAUCUCAAACAGAUGUUCAAAAUACAUUGAAAACAGCACAACCAAAGUUUGUUUCCUAAAAAAUUAAUAAAUAAUUCAACCGUUAUUUCACUCGGCAAUCAGUUAAGAAAAAAGUAUUAUUCAUAAUGACGGCCUACCCCGGCCAAACACUAAUGACGCUGGGCCAAUUGUGCACCACCCUAUGGGACUCCCAAUCACGGCCUGUUGUGAUACAGCCUGGAAUCGAACAAGGGUCUGUAGUGACACCUCUAGCACUGAGAAGUAAUACCUUAGGCUGCUGUGCCACUCAGGAGCCCAAAUUGCCUUUUUAGAUUAACACAAAACUCAAGGCGGUUUCUAGUACAGGUCUCUUGGUGAAUGUACACUUUCUCAUCCUGAAACAUUAUCGGGAGCAGUGUCUUCCAUAAUGUGAAGAAGAAGGUAGUUUUUGUCUACCAGCGUGUCCUUAUCGGAGGCAGUGACCUCCAUAUUUCACUGUAGGGUGGAUGUGAUUUAUUAUCGGGAACAGUGUUUCCCAUAAUGUUGUGUAUAUAAUGUCUGCGUCCGCAUCUUUUGCGGUGGUUGCUGUUCCCUGUCAUGUUGUCGCAACCCCCUAUAACCGUGUCACUCUGUAGUCGGCUAGUAUUUGAUUUCUACCAGGUGCUGUUCUUCCUCUUGUUGACUAUCCAUAAGGAAUUGAUAGUGUGAACCUGAAACAUCCAUUGAUUGGGUAAAUGUUAAAGCUGAGACUGACCGAUUUGUCGUCAAAAGGGUUUAAUGUUUUCACAAAAGAUUGAGACCUGGAUCUUAUUUCCUGUAUGAUUCUGUUCGUAUGACAAUAUCGGUUACACUUAACAUAAAGCCUGCACUGAAGUAUAAUGCUUUAUUACUUAUAGGCAUGUAUGAGCCAUUUUAUAAUGUCAUAUUCUAAGACUUAUAGUAUGCUUUCUCUUUAUGUAGGACUUCUUUUGUCCGGAUCAUUUAUGAAACCAAUCAGAAAACAUUCUUAUGACAAGUCUUACAAUGCAUUAUACCCACAAUGCAUUAUAACCACUGCAGGCUUUUAAUAAAGUGUUACCAAGUUAUAUAUAUAUAUUUUUCUUAUUCUCCCUUUUUUUGGGUUGCUGUACAUUCUGUUCUCGUUAGGGGCUUAGGCUAUCUGUGCCUUGUUAUGUUGUGAAUGGUAAUUAAUGUAGAGAAAUCCUGGCGUAAUGAAGUCUUCUCUGUGGUGUAUAUUGUUUUUGCUUUAUCAAUACUUUGCAGACAUCGUAGUUCUUGAUUUAAGAUGUGCGAGUAUAAUUUGGAUGCGUUUUGAAAGUCUCAUUUUGUUAGCUUAGAGCUAGAAUCCGCUGUUGAAACAAUAACAAAGGGUGACUUUGUUGUCCUUAAGCCAACUUUUAUUUUCCUUUUACUCUGUGUUAGUAGAAAUGCUGGGGGAUGGGCCUAGAGAAAUGAAACCACUCUCAAAUUGACAGAGCUAUGGUUCCAAGGACUGACUCCAGGACAUCUAUCAAACUCAUUCCGUGGAGGCCCGCGUGUAUGCAGGUUUCCGCUCCACACUUGUACUUGAUUGAAUUAAGGUCGCUAAUUAGUAAAACUCACGUCACCUGGUUAUCUAGUACUAAAUUGAAACGAAAAACCCCGCAGACACUGCCCUCUGGAAUGAGUUUGACACCCCUGAUUCAUGAUAUCAAAAUGAGAGUUUUAACCAUGUUUUGAGGCUAUACAGUAUUUUACAUUUUCUUUGUUUUACAUUGGAGGAAAACAAGCUUAUAUAUUGGGUUCAGAUGGGGUAUGCCAGUUGAACUAAGCUCAUUAAUAAGGCAUUCAUAAUUUAUAUUCUUGAAUAUUCAAUUGGUGUAUAUACAUUUAAAAAAAAAAUGUAAGUCCAAAAUGGAUGUAGCAACUGCGGAUUCCAGCGUUAAGCUCAAAGUCAUUGUUUUUGAGAGAAGUCUACCCUAUACUAUUACACUCAUAGGUUAUAAACAGGCUUGAUUAUGACUGUUGGAAAAUAACAUUAAUAUUUGAAAAAAUGUCUAGAACAACUUCCUAACUUACACAGCAGACAAAGAAUUUCUUAAACUUUUUAUUUAUUUGUUUUACGGGACACAAUUUACUGAGCAUAUAAAUAUUUGACCAUCAGACACUCACGGUUGUUCGACAGGUAGACCUGAGUUGUCAGGUCACAUUGGCAGAGUCAAAAUUGCAUGAACCAAAUUGUCAGGGAUUACCACACUGAAAUGGCUAUUUUCCUGCAUAUUAGUUAGACUUGGCAUUUUACAUUUAACCACUCUAAACUGGAAAGUAUGCUACAGUCAGAUUAUUCAGUAUGUUAAUUUAAAGCUAAAGUAUUGGCCCAAACUGUGAUGCCCCACAAAGGUGUAAUUGGUGUAUUGAUUGUUGAGUUAUGAUAGAAAAUGUCCUACAAUGUAUGUUUUUGAGGAUUGGAUUAAAUCACUUCCCUUUGGUGGGCACUUAAAUAAAAAAUUUAAAAAGCCUGGAAAAAACGAUGUAGCAUAUUUUGAAAAGAUGACUUAUUGGAUGUUGGAGUUUCUUUUGUUUAGGACUACGCAAAAUUGCUUGUCUCCUGUGUUUGCUGCAAUAAAUCAUUACACAGGU